CACCCCUGCAGUUCUCAUUUGGUAUGUUCCGUGUUGACGCGGGAUUCAGUUGAAUCAGUCAGAAUCGUGGAUUCGCUGUUUUCAUUUUCAGGAGUAGAUAAAAUAGAUUGAGGAAGAGAAUGGAGCAGAAAUAUGAAGAAGAGAUCCAGAUGCUCCAGCAGGAAAUUGAAAUGCUGGAGGCUGAACAGGAGGAGAUUUUACGGUCCAUUUCCAUAGAGCAUGGAGAUCGACUACAGCAUGAACUAAAGUCAGUGUUUGAGGAAAGAGGAGGAUCACAGAAACCCGCUCUUUCAAAGCUGAUCACAGAAGUCAGAGAGCUGGAAAAAGACCUCAGAAGACAGACGGAAAUCAAUGGGAUUGCUCUAAAUGAGUGUUUCGUAAAGACAUUGCACAAAAGUGAGAGAAAACUUGUACAGCAGCUCAGACUUGCAGGUCACUGCAGUGUACUUUUGUUCCAGGUUGAAUUUGCAGUGACCGAGAUUCAGGAGGACGAUGCUCUGCGCAGGAGAGUUACAGAACUCAAUCUCGUUGUGGAUGGUGUUGAAUUCAAAGAUUUCUCUGCAUUUGUGUCCAGAGUGGAGGACACAAAAGACCUUCUUCUGUUCUUCAGGACCUUGAGGACGUUCUCUGAGAGAUGUGAGGAGAGGCGUCAAACGUUUCAGCACUUUCAGGAGAAGUACCCAGACGUGGUCAGUCUUCCAGAGGGAUGCAGAUCUGAGCUCAUGAUUAUAAGGAGUCCUCAACUGCCCGGGACCUCCAUGACCAUAUUCUGGAAGAUCGAUGUGUCCAUGGAAGGAGUGGUAAAGCCAUCGCUUGAGCUCCUGCUGAAAAUGCCAGACCAGGCUCGGGAGUUUGACACCAAAAAAGUGAUGGAAAACGGCUCGAAUUACUUUCAGAGCCUCCUGAAGGUUCUCGGGGUGGAAGCGUCAAUCGAGGGCUUGAUAAGAACCGUAUGUUUGUGAGAAGUCAUAAAACAAGCCAACGUUCACGCCGUGGGAACUUCAUACCUAAUCUUUUUAUUCGAUAUAAACACCUGUACAAUCAGCCGUUAGGAACUACAUGGUGACGCCACCUGUACAUGUCAAUCAUUUUUUACGCAUGAUAGGCCCACGUUGCGUGGAAAUAUACAUUAUUAGACAAGAGCUAGAAAAAUAAAUAAUUUCAAAUACAAAAUGUUUGACUGCAAAAUCCACUUUGUAUUUUCAAAUAGUUAAAUUUUAACAUUAGAUUCCAUCACUGUAACUGUGAUCUUCUUUUCUUUUCUUGCUUAAUAACAGAAUUAAAGUCCAUUCUUGCCUA